CCGUGACGUCAGUGCUGAUUUUGGCGUCGCGCGGACUGCGGUGCGAGCUGAGGUUUUGCGUACGCUUGACGUCUCCUCUCUUUCUUCACUCUAUCUCCCACUUCACCUUCUAUCUUCUCCACACCGUCUCCAUCCAUCCCCCAUCAUCUCAGACCUCGCGCAAAGAAGGAAACCCACCGCUGGAGUGGAUUAAUAAACGGCGGAGAUGGACGCGUGAUCUGAAGGAUGGAAUCGUUUCACCUGUUUCUCACCAUCCUCGCGCUUCGGGCCGGUCUCGCCUCCGCGGCAGAUCAAAAAUUCGGCUGCCUGUUUGAGAAGGGUCUGUGUCUGAACUAUGAAGUCUGUCUUAAUGAUGGCAUGUUUGGCCGCUGUGAGGCUGCUCCACUAACAGCCGUCUACACGUAUGACGUCACAGCAGCAACGGUACAGAGAUUCCGUACGCUGCUCCAGAAACUGGCACACAGAGGGUUGUCUUGGGAAGAUGAUGUCACACAACAAGUUUUAUCAAACGAGUUCUCAAAACUACGCAAAGUUUCCCUACCAUUACCAGAGCCAAGGCCGCAGGGUUAUGGGACUGCUGUUGGAGACAGGAGAAUGAAAUCAUCCGAGGCUGAGGUUAGGAAGACCCUGAAAUACCUGCAGGACCUGGGACUGCUACCAAAAUCAGCACACAAAGUGAGCAAGGGGGCGGAGCUGAAAUAUUAUCGCUCUGGAGAACCACGGCCUGAAAGUGACUCCUCCCCUCCUCAGUUCAUUGCAGAGGUGCCCUUUCAGUCACAGUCCUACCCUCACCUCAUCCGAUACCAGAGCGAUGUGGCACAAGUUCCCCAGCAGGAAGAGAGGUCAGACCUGUUUACAGCCGCUCUUCAGAAGUAUCUUUCCAAGAACAAAUCGCCUCAGCUUGAUAUGGGGGACAGAUCCAGAGCGGACCGACUCUACUUAAAAGAUGGAUCAACAAAGUCUUCCGCUAGUGACUCUCUUACACCCGUGGAUGAAUCCUUCAUCUGGAAAGAUCUGCGGAACGUGGGAAGGCACAGUGGGGAUGUGAAGAGUCUGAAGGCAGCAGACCUGGAUAAGCUUGCUGUUUAUAUCAUGGACGCUCUGCAGGUGGCGGACAAGCAGGCAGGUCAAGGAGAAAUGCCCAGAGACCUGGAGACACAGCAGAGUCCUGAGGACGAGGCAGAAGACAUGCAAUAUGAGGACCAGCAUCCUGAGAGUUAUGAAAUGGAUCAAGCCCCUGAAGACAGUGCUCAGAAUCAGAGAGAAGAGAAUGAGGAAAGUUCAUCGGUCACUCAAAAGACAGUCCGAACCAUCCCGCCUGUGACAGAGGGACAGACAGUAGUGGACGAGAAGAGAACUAUGGACAACAAGCAGGAUGUGGGCUUUUUAGGAAAGCUGAUGGAGUACCUGGAUAAAACCUCCAGCUCAGAACCUGAACCUGUUGAUAAGGGGCGGGGUGUGUCUGUGGAGACGGUUCAUAGCCGAACAACGCACCGAGAGGUGGGGAUGCAGAAAAAGGCCAUAGAGAGAGUGGAGGAGGUAGAAGGCUGGGUCCAGGCAGCAGCUAUAGCGCCCUCCUCUGCUCUGAAGGAAAACCCUGCACCGCACCGUAAGGACAUGAAAGUACAGGAUCUUCAGUUGGAUGUCCAGAGCAACGCUAAAAAUGACAUCUACGGAUACAUUAUUACUGAUACAGAAAAUCUUUCCACUGAUAAGGGUUUGUGUCUGAUGGAGUUGGUGGCUCGUAAAGCGAAGAUUCAAAUGACUGAUUUCUCAGAGCUCUCUGUUGUUAGUCCAGCUGUGACAUUUCAGGUCCGUUCAAAUGCUCAGAACAUCACUACAGCGGAUGUGGCUAAUUUGGCAGGCCAUCGAAAGGAUGAACUGGAGAAAGAUUGUAGAGUCAAGAUUGUAGAGGCUGGAGUCACUGAUAGGAGCAAACUGAAUCAGAUUCCCACUAAGUACAGUCGCUCUGAGUCUCUGAAGUUUCUGAUUCUGACUGUGAUUUCCAUCAUCUGUAUAACUGGAGUGUUAAUAGCAUCCAGCGUGGUCUACUGUCUGCGUCAUCGCUCUCAUCACAAACUCAAAGAGAAGCUCACCAACCUUGGCUCUGACCCUACCACUGACGCCACUGCUACCUACCAGGAACUGUGUAGGCAGCGAAUGGCAGUAAAGCCUCCUGUAGAGAAGCCAGAUCCUAUUCAUUCUUCUCGUAUAAAUAGUGUGUCAUCUCAGCUGAGUGACGGCCCGAUGCCAAGCCCCUCUGCACGCACUAGCACCUCCUCCUGGAGUGAAGAGCCCGCCCAUUCCAACAUGGACAUCUCUACUGGUCACAUGAUACUGGCGUAUAUGGAGGACCACCUGAAAAAUAAGACUCGUUUGGAGUCUGAGUGGGAGGCUCUCUGUGCGUACCAGGCUGAGCCCAAUGCCACCACCAUGGGCCAGAGAGACGGCAAUGUCAAGAAAAACCGCGCAAGCACAGUCAUAGCCUACGAUCAUUGCAGAAUAACUCUGAAGGCAGAGAACAAUCAAGGCAACUCGGACUACAUCAAUGCCAGCCCAAUCAUGGAUCAUGACCCUCGUAAUCCUGCAUACAUCGCCACUCAGGGCCCGCUGCCCUCUACCGUGGCUGACUUCUGGCAGAUGGUCUGGGAGAGCGGGUGUGUGGUGAUUGUCAUGUUGACUCCUCUCACUGAGAACGGUGUGAAGCAGUGUUACCACUACUGGCCCGAUGAAGGCUCCAACCUCUACCACAUUUAUGAGGUUAAUCUGGUUUCUGAGCAUGUGUGGUGUGAGGAUUUCCUGGUUCGGAGUUUUUACCUGAAGAACAUGCAGACUAACGAGACCCGUACGGUCACGCAGUUCCACUAUCACACCUGGCUGAAUGACCAAACACCCGAAACCAGCCAAACCCUGCUUGAUUUUCGCAGGAAAGUAAACAAAUGCUACCGUGGAAGAUCCUGCCCUGUCAUUGUUCACUGCAGUGACGGAGCUGGACGGACUGGGACAUACAUUUUGAUUGACAUGGUGUUGAAUAAAAUGGCCAAAGGUGCAAAAGAGAUUGAUAUUGCUGCUACGCUGGAACACCUGAGAGACCAGAGACCUGGCAUGGUUCAGACCAAGGAUCAGUUUGAGUUUGCACUGACGACUGUAGCUGAAGAGGUGAACGCUAUUCUCAAAAUCCUGCCACAGUGAUACUUCCUUUCUUCCUCCCUCUCAGUUGUAUAAAAACUCUUAUCCUAUUUCUGAGAAGAUAUAUGUCCUAUAGAAACUAUUUUGUCUUUAAACGAUUGGACUAUAUUCAGUAGUAAUUAGGAAUUGUGUAUUGUUUCAGUUCUGUGAGAUUAUGAAAGCACUUUCAUUUCGUUUUUUGCCAUGUCAUUGUUUCAGAUUUUAAUAACUCUCUCAUCGUUGCCAUUUCUAUUGUAUCACGCACAGAAAACUGGCCAGAUCUGUUCUGAAUAUAUAGAUAAUUGGACCUGAAUUUAUUAAAUUAAUCUGUAUAUGCUUAGUUGUUUAAGAUUUAGAACUGAGUUCUAUGGGUUGUGACCACUACAGUUUAUCUGAUCAUCAGAGACUCGUACAAAGCAGUAACAUCUUGCAUGUGAGAUUAUACCAAGAACACAACAUCCUUAAAAAUAAAGGUGCUUCACAAUACCAUAGAAGAACCUUUUUGUCUAAAUGGUUCCAUAAAGAACCUUUAUCCUCUGAAAAACCUUUCUGUUUCACAAAAGGUUCUUUGUGGCCAAAGAAGGUUCAUCAGAUUAUAAAAAGGUAAGAAAGAGAUGGUUCUUUGAAGAACCUUUGAAUGAAUGUUUUUUUUGGAACCAAAAAUGGUUCUUCUAUGGCAUUGCUGUGAAGAACCUUUCAAGCACCUUUAUUUUUAAGAGUGAAGGAGAGAACUGUUGCCUUUCCAAGCCAAGGAAACUUGACUUAAUCAAGAUGUUUAAGCCCUGAACUUUUAUCAUAAGACUAAAACUCUUGGGAAGUACUACCACUUUCAUUUGGUAUUAAAAUUUAAUCUGUGCACACAAACAGUGUGGAUAGCAAGUAGAAAUGCAUGCAAAACUUGUGCAGUUGUGCUUUAUGAACUUACAGAAAACUUGUGCAUUAGAAAAUGUAAACAAAUAAAGACUAAAAUGAUAUUGUGUGAUUCAAGCAAACUACAAAUACAGUGUCUGAUCUCCAUGUUGUUAUCGGGAAGAUUCAUGAGUAUAAGGAGGAGUUCAUAUCAGUAAACAUCCACAGGAGCAAUAAAAAUUCACGCAUUUUAAUAAGAAGCAUCAAAGGGACUGAGGUUUUGCAGAUCCUGAUGCUCUUAGUGGGUAUGCAGUUUAUCUCUUAAUACAGAAAUUAAUGUGGCCUGACCCCAAUAUCACCUCUUACAUCAAAAAGUAAACCUAGAGCAGGCUGUUCCUCCACUGUCUGCUGAGAUUCAUUACUGUAAAGAGACUUAUGAUGGUGGUUUGUCUCUCAAACAUGUCUGUUUUGACUACAUGAGUAAUCGUUGUUUAAAUCCCAGUGAUAAGACUGAUCAUUACUAACAAGCUCAUCUGUAUGACUAAGUUUAGUCUGUGCAUAUUUCAAUUCAACAUUAACAGACUAUCUGUUAUUGCUGUGUAUUGCAACUGAAUAACUGACACUGUUCUGAUCCUGUGCAGCUCCAUAAUAAAGUUGUGUCUGUGAAGUAAAGCAAAA